AUGAAGAACCGUUCACGCUGGCUGAAGCAUCCAAUCGACUCUGCCAUCUCCUCACUUGCCAAAGUUGGUGGUAACCGCAAGUCCGUGAUCAUGGACAAAGACUCUCCCUUCAACCACGUCCUCAAAGUGUACCAGGAGACACGCCGUCCACGCGGAUCCUAUCUUAGCACGGAGUAUCUCGACGCUCUUAAUAUUCGAGUGUUUGAGAUGGACCUCGAAACUGGGAAGCCAGAAGACCCUGGACUGCAGUUUGGCACACCGUGUCCAAGCCAAGAAGUCGACAAGCUCUUUGAGGAGGUAUCGGACGACUUUGGGGGAUUAGAUCAGGGGGACUUGUACUGUACAGGGUAUGGAAUUACAACUACCAUUAAGAACAGUUUUCACGAGAUGGGGUUAUUUGGUUUCGGGGAUAAGCCAAAAUCGAUUGGUGCAUACUACGCUCGAGAAAAGAAUAGCUCUUCGACAGUUGAGAAUCGACUCGGAUUCCACAGCAGUUCGCGCGAUAAGGAGCCUGACUUUCAUACCAGGUUGAUUUUUGGAGCAUACGACAAGCGCAUUCCACAUCGAGGAUGUAUUCUGCUUGACGGAGCCGUUUCGGACGAGCGGUUUUUGCGACGGAGUGAAGUGUACUGUGCUGCUCUUUUGAUCGGUGAUAAGCUACGCUGGGCCAAAAAGCCUCAUGAACGCCAUUUCCCUGUCUUCAUUUACUCGAUCUCCGAAUCCCAAGGUCGUAUAAUCCAAGCACAUUACGAGCACCCACAUUUUAUUGUCCGGAAAACGAAACACUUUCUGUUCGAGGAAGGGUCGGCUAGUGGCUACAAAAUGAUGGUGCGAUGGAUGUUGAACAAUCCAACGGGCGAUAUGGGGACGCCUCGCAAAUCGACCAAGGACCGCGUUCUUAAUCUUGUCAAGGCGCUCAAGCCCUCCGUUCACUAG